AUGUACAUCAAAUCGAUCGUCAUAGACGGAUUCAAAUCCUACGGACGGCGUACGGAAGUGCAAGGAUUUGACCCCGAGUUUAACGCCAUCACCGGUCUCAAUGGGACGGGUAAAUCUAACAUCCUUGACUCAAUCUGUUUCGUGCUGGGUAUUUCCAAUUUGGUCCAUGUCCGUGCGACAUCGCUCCAGGAUUUGGUGUACAAAAGUGGACAGGCGGGGAUAACGAAGGCAACGGUGACGCUCAUUUUCGACAAUUCCAACCCAAACCAGUGUCCGAUUGGGUUUGAAAACUGUCGCGAAAUUUCCAUCACGCGCCAGAUCGUUGUGGGCGGCAAGAACAAAUAUCUCAUCAAUGGCAAGUCGGUACAAAAUAAGCGCGUGCAGGAUUUGUUCUGUGCGGUGCAGCUGAACGUGAACAAUCCGAACUUUUUGAUCAUGCAGGGGCGCAUCACGAAGGUGCUGAACAUGAAACCGCACGAGAUCUUGUCGAUGAUUGAGGAGGCGGCCGGUACGAGCAUGUACGAAGCGAAGCGUGAUUCAGCGCUGAAGCUGAUCGAACGAAAGGACACCAAGCUGAACGAGCUGUACGCGGUCAUACGGGAAGAAAUUGAACCGAAACUUGAGAAGCUUCGCAAAGAACGCGAGCAUUACAUCGAAUUCCAGAAGGUAUGUCGUGAUAUCGAAUACCUGACGCGGUUAUACGUCUCGUACCGCUAUCUGCAGCUUUGUAAAGGCGUCGAGGAGUCGGAGAAAACGAUCGCCAGCCUUCAGUCGACCAUCACCGAAAGUGAGCAGAAGAUCGAAUCGAACUGCUCGACGGCAGAAUCUCUCGAGCAGGAAGCGAAAGAGCUGCAGGCACGUAUUGACACCGAGGGUGGCGGAAUGUUGGGAGAACUGGAGCAGCAGCUAGCUGUGGAAAGCAAAAAGGAAGCAACCGCAUUCGCCGAACGGAACAACGCAAAGGACAGCAUCGGUGUGGAGCAGCGGAAGCUAAAGAAUCUCCAGAAAAGCAUCCGUGACGAUGAGGAAGCACUAGCAACGAAGGAGGACGAGAUGCAACGGCGCGGUGAAACGUUCCAAACGCUUAAGGAUGCGUGCGAAACGGACGAGAGCGAAUUCGCUAAGGCGCAGAAACGCUUCGAAGCAGUUACGGCCGGUUUAUCGACGAACGAGGAUGGUGAGGCGGCCACCCUACAGGAUCAGCUGAUUGCUGCCAAACAAAAGUCGGCCGAAGCGACCACGGCCAUCAAGCAGUCGGAGAUGGAGCUGAAACAUUCACAGCAACUACUGCGGGACAAGCAGAAAAACAUGAACAGCAGCGAUGCGGCGUAUCUCGAAGACAAAAGGAAGCUCACGAAAGUUGAGGGUCAGAUCGGACAGAUCGAAAAUGAACUGCAAUCGACGGGUUACGAGGAAGGCUCCAUGGAAACGCUAUCCUCCCGUAGACAGACACUGCAGAACGAAAUUCGGAGUUUACGGUCGGAUUUGGACCGUCGCAAUGCUCACCGUUGGGAGCUGCAGUACCGUGACCCGGAGCCGGGCUUCGAUCGCCGAUCGGUGAAAGGUAUGGUGGCGAAGUUAGUCACUGUGAAGGAUCCAAAGUACGCUCAGGCCCUUGGGACUGUAGCCGGUGGUAAUCUGUACUCCGUCAUCACCGAUACAGACACGACGAGCAAAAAGUUGCUGCAAAAAGGACAGUUGCAGACGCGCACAACUAUGAUUCCGCUGAACAAAAUCUCGGGUCGUAAGAUCGAUCCGUCGGUGGCCAGGUUUGCGGAGGAGCUUGUUGGCAAGGAAAAUGUAACGACGGCCCUUUCGUGUAUCAGCUACGAUCCUCAAGUUGAUGAGGCCAUGCAAUUCGCGUUCGGGCAUUCGUUCAUCGUGAAGAAUUUGGACGUGGCAAACAAGAUCACGUUUCAUCCGCGCAUCAAAACUCGCUCGGUUACGCUCGACGGAGAUGUAGUCGAUCCGGGCGGUACCUUGUCCGGUGGUGCACGAGCGAAGGGUAACGCUGUUCUGUUGGAUGUGGCCGAAAUCAACAGAAUACAGGCGAUGUUGCAGGAGAAGGAGGUAGAACUGCGGAACAUUUGUGCGGAAAUAAGCAAAAUUGAGAAAACCGCCCAUCGGUACGGACAGUUGAAGGAGCAGCACGAUAUGCUCAACUACGAACUGAAUAACCUAAAGCAGCGCUUGGCUCAGACGUCCUUCCAGCAAACUCAGGAAGAAAUUGAAGAGUUAAAGAAGAAAAUUGAAACAUUGCAAAACACAAUGGUGGAGGCACGCCAGACACAAACCCAGUGUGCUGCGAAGGUGAAAGACCUUCAGUCAAAGAUUGCCGACGGAAAGGGUCAUCGCGAGCGCGAGCUAAAGGCGGCUGAAGAUGAUAUGAAGCGCACUAAGAAGAAAAGUGAGGAGAGUCGUAAAAAUUGGAAAAAGCAUGAACGAGACUUCGAGACGCUAAAGCUAGAAAUUGAAGAACUACAAAAGGGUAUCGUCACCGCCAAAGAGCAGGCGGCAAAGUUGAUGGAACAGAUUGAAGCAUUAAACCAACGGCUAACGGAGGUGAGCGGUGCGAGCGAAGAGAUGACGGCAGCAGUGACCGCACUGAAACAACAAAUAAAACAACACAAGGAAAAGAUGAACUCGCAGAGCAAAGAGCUGAAGACAAAGUACCACCAGCGGGACAAACUGUUGAAGCAAAAUGAAGAUUUGAAGCUUGAAAUUAAGAAGAAAGAGAACGAGAUCACGAAAGUGAAGAACGAAAACAAGGACGGCUACGAUCGAAUCAGUGGAAUGGAAGAAAAGUAUCCAUGGAUACCGGAGGAUAAGGAGUUUUUCGGCGUGAAAAACACACGGUACGACUACAACAAGGAAGAUCCGCAAGAGGCGGGCCGGAAGCUGAAAAAGCUGCAAGAUUCUAAGGACAAGAUGAGCCGAAACGUGAACCAGAAAGCGAUGGUCCUGCUGGAGCGCGAGGAAGAGCAGUACAAAGAGGUGACGCGACGGAAAAAGGUGGUUGAGGAUGACAAGAAAAAGAUCCAGGCGAUCAUCGACAAUCUGGACUCGGAGAAGAAGAAAAAGCUGAAGGUGGCCUGGAGCGAGGUGGAUGAGAAUUUCGGCAGUAUCUUCAGCACACUGCUGCCGGGAACGCAGGCCAAACUGGUACCACCGGAUGGUGCAGAUUUCAUGAAAGGGCUCGAAGUGAAGGUUGGCUUCAACGGCAUGUGGAAAGAAUCGUUAACCGAGCUAAGCGGUGGGCAACGAUCGUUGGUUGCGCUUUCGCUUAUCUUGGCUAUGCUAAAGUACAAACCGGCACCGCUCUACAUCCUGGACGAAGUGGACGCGGCACUGGAUCUAUCCCACACGCAAAACAUCGGCAAUAUGCUGAAGGCACACUUUACCAACUCCCAGUUCAUCAUCGUGUCGCUGAAGGACGGUAUGUUUAACAAUGCGAACGUGCUGUUCCGGACCAAGUUCAUCGAUGGAAUGUCUGGCGUGACGCGGACAGUUAAUGUCGCCAACUUGAAGAAAGCUGCUGCGGAAUCCAACAGACGGUAA